CGUGCAUCAAUUUUAUCUCUAGUCAGUUGCGUGGCAGCUAUUUCUGUUUGUGAUUGGCUUUGCAUUUUCAUUUCAUUUCCGCAAAAGCUAAACCCAUUCUGGCAGGCAUGACGAUUACCGGAAUUUCACAUUUCUCUAUUUCCUCUCUCCUUUUCUCUUUCUUCUUUUUGCUAUCAACCUUUGCUUCUUCUUCUUCUUCUUAUCUCUAUCCUGUAGCUCCGGAUAAAGAUGGCAAAACGAGAUCUUUGUAUUCAGAAAUAUUGAGGGACGAGGCAGUGGCAAGGCUUAAUGAGCUUGGAAAGGUAAGUGAUGCGGAUGGCUAUCUUGAGAGAACAUUUAUGAGCCCAGCUUCCGUGAGGGCGGGAAUUCUUAUUCGUGAAUGGAUGGAGGAUGCUGGUUUGAGAACGUGGGUGGAUUCCAUGGGCAAUUUACAUGGUCGAGUUGAGGGCAUUAAUGCAAGUGCUCAAGCUCUGUUAAUUGGUUCUCAUUUGGAUACCGUUGUUGAUGCUGGGAUAUUUGAUGGGUCAUUAGGUAUAAUUUCUGCUAUAUCUGCAUUAAAAGUUUUGAAAAGCAAUGGCAAGUUGGGAGAACUAAAACGACCAGUGGAGGUGAUUGCGUUUAGUGAUGAGGAAGGAGUGAGGUUUCAAUCUACCUUUCUUGGCAGUGCUGCUGUAGCUGGAGUUUUACCAGUUACAGCAUUGAAGAUAUCUGAUAAGAGUGGUGUGACAGUGCAAGAUGCUCUCAAGGGGAAUUCCAUUGACAUUGCAGAGGAAAGCCUGUUAGAGCUGAAAUAUGAUCCUGCAUCGAUUUGGGGUUAUGUUGAGCUUCAUAUUGAACAAGGACCUGUACUAGAAUGGAUUGGUUUUCCUCUUGGUGUAGUUAAAGGCAUAGCUGGACAGACAAGAAUGAAGGUUACGGUGAGAGGUUCACAGGGACAUGCUGGAACAGUACCAAUGUCAAUGCGUAGGGACCCUAUGGCUGCUGCCGCGGAAUUGAUUGUAUUACUUGAAAGUCUGUGUAAACAUCCACGAGAAUUCUUAUCAGAUGGCGGUAACUACAACGAGUUUACCAUGGAAUCUUUGUCCACUUCUCUAGUCUGUACUGUCGGAGAGAUAUCAACCUGGCCAAGUGCAAGUAAUGUCAUUCCAAGCCAGGUAACGUUCACUGUGGAUUUACGUGCAAUUGACGAUGUGGGACGUGAGGCUGCUCUUUAUGAAUUAUCUAAUCGGAUGUAUCAAAUAUGUGAUAGACGCUCUGUAUCUUGCAGCAUUGAACGAAAGCAUGAUGCAAAUGCAGUAAUUUGCGAUCCUGAACUGAGCUCACAGCUAAAAUCUGCAGCUUACACUGCCCUCAACGGAAUGAUAGCGGAGGUCCAAGAUGAGGUUCCUGUGCUAAUGAGCGGAGCAGGACAUGAUGCGAUGGCCUUGUCUUAUCUAACCAAGGUUGGAAUGCUAUUUGUCCGCUGUCGAGGAGGCAUAAGUCACUCCCCCGAGGAGCAUGUAUCGGACGACGAUGUUUGGACAGCCGGUUUAGCUCUACUAGCAUUUCUUGAGACCCGUGUGUAGAUAUAGCCUUGGUUAAAUUUCAUGAACAGUAAAUCUUCCGUUCAAUGAUCCAUUAUUAUUGAAUUGUACGCUCCAUUUACACGAAUUCCCCAUCCAUCCUCACAGGCCUUUUAC